AUGGCUAUCAGGAAAAGCCAAAAAACAAAGAAUCCCCGACACACCGGAAGACUUUACCCGAAAGGUCCAAAAACAUUUACCAAAACAGAAAUCACUCCCCAUGGAGUCACCGGGCGCAUGUGCCACCCGAGCAGUAAGCCGCCACCACCACCAGUCCUACGCAGUGGACUGUACCAGCCUGAUAGGGGGUUGAUACCUAUCAACCUGCGCACGCG